AUGGCUCAGGACAAUAUCCAUGCCCUCGACCACUAUACGCAGAACAUCAUCAAGGAGUUUCACACCAAACUCAGUGCUGGCUUUCCUUUACCACCUGCAGUCCCAGGGCAGACUGAGACGCGACUUCCCCCGCACCAUUUUGAUACUGACAAGUACCUCCGUCCCGAUGACUCGGAUGAUAGUAAAGCUGUGAUUCCAGUGGUAUCCGGGGCCGAGGGAGUUGGAAUCAUCGGUGGCGGCAUCGGCGGACUCUAUGCCGCGCUGCUCCUAGAGGACUCGGACAUCAAGUACACCAUCUAUGAGGCGGAUAAUCGCAUCGGCGGGCGGCUGUACACAUACAGCGGCUUCCCCGACCGGCGAACUGUUUAUGACUACUACGAUGUCGGCGCGAUGCGCUUCCCGGACACGCCGAUCAUGAAGCCUGUGUUCGACCUCUUCAGAUUGCUCAGGCUGAAGUUGCUCGACUACUACUUGGUGGACCGGAACAGCAAUUCGACGCGGUGUUUCAACGACAUUGUCCGGCAGCGCGGUGAAGGCCCGAUUCUCCCGCAAGACUACAACAUAUACAACGUGCCCCAGUACUGGGGUAAGCAUGGGGUACACAAGAAUGUGGAAAAUGUCGUGCGGCCGUUCAAGGAUCGUCUGAAGUACGAUCAGGAAAAUGGGACGCAUGAUGGAUGGGCUCUCAUGAUGAAAUACGAUGUGUGGUCGAUGAGGGCGUACAUGGCCGGGAAUCGUAGCGACGAAGACAAGGACCUGGACAGCCUCGACCUCAUCCCGUACCCACUUGAAGUCGUCGAGUGGUGCGAGACGUUCGACCACUCGACUUCGUCGUACGACAAAGCCCUCACGGAGGUUGUCCUUGACAGCUUGGCAUUCGAGUAUGCUGAGCAUACCAAGUGGUACUGCAUCGACCGCGGAUCCAGCCAGCUGGCUGAGGAACUGAACACGUAUUUAAAGAAGAAGAAUGCAAACCACACGCUGCUCAGGGACACGCGCGUCACGGGUAUCCGCUUUGAUAGAGAGAAAAACUCGGUCAAUGUGCGCACCGAGCGGGGCGAGGAGGUCGCCUUCGGACACGUCAUCACGACCACGACUCUGCCGUGCCUGCGUGCGAUGAACACCUUGGAGGCGAACCUCGACUAUCUGCAGAAGAAUGCCCUGCGCUCGCUCCAGUACGGCCAAGCGGUCAAGAUCGGUGUCAAGUUCAAGACGGCGUGGUGGCAGAACGACGGGUUGAUGAAGAAGUUCGGCGCGUUCGGCGCGAUCAUUGGCGGCCAAUCCUUCACCGACUACAUGUCCCGCCGUGUUGUGUACCCGUCGUACGGCGUCGACGACAAGGUGCCGUCGUCCGUGCUCAUCGUGAGCUACGCGUCGACAGGCGAUGCACUCGCCUGGACAGGUCUCACGGGCUCCGGUGCCGAUGCGAUGAUUAAGCGCAGGGUCCUGGACGACCUCGUCGCCGUGCACUGCUUCGACAAGGCAGGACGCGCGUUCCUGGAGGAACAGUGGGAGGCGAUGCAUCCGUAUAGCUGGGGCACGGAUAAGAAUACAAUGGGUGCCUUUGCAUUCUUCGGCCCCGGUCAGUUCUGCGGCCUGUACACACACCUGACGCGCCCUGCCGCUGAGGGUAGACUGCACUUUGCGGGCGAGGUCAUGAGCGCGCGCCAUGCGUGGGUCGUCGGCGCCCUACAAGCGUCUCAUCGUGCUGUGUGGCAAAUCAUCGCGACCAGCUACCCGUCGAAGCUCAAGCGGUUCGAGGAGAGGUGGGGCCGCACAGAGGCGUGGACGAGGGAGUCUCUUCUGCGACAGGUCGAUGUGUCCGUCGAGCGUAUAUUCCCGCUCGGUAACUGAGGGGCUUUUCAUAUAAAUGAUGUUUGUGAUGAAUCGCAGCGUACACAUGAAAUAUGUAACGAAAAAUUCGCGUGCUGUUGUUCUUGCUAUGCAGAUGUUUGG